AUGGCGUACAUAUACAGUUCUUCAAAAUGUUGCUCUCAAGUUGACUACACGACCACCAUUUUUUCAGUUAUCAUUAUGCUGCUUCAGAAAUCAAUGACAGGUUCGAGACUCUUCUCAAACACCAGUAGGGCAUUGCAAAAAUCGCCUACUGGCGUUGUGUUCAUGAACAUGGGAGGGCCCGCAAGAGUCGAAGAAACUCGAGACUUUUUGUACCAAUUGUUCGCUGAUAAUGACCUCAUCCCUAUCAGCCGUAAAUACCAGCCUUUCAUCGCCAAGUAUAUCUCCAGAUUUCGCACACCAAAAAUUGAACAACAAUACCGGGAGAUUGGCGGUGGUUCACCCAUUCGGAAAUGGUCUGAAUAUCAAGCUCAACGUGUAUGCGAGAUCCUUGACGAGAGCUGCCCCGAAACGGCCCCACACAAACCUUAUGUCGCAUUCCGUUACGCGAGGCCCUUAACUGGUGAAACUUAUCAAAGGAUGCUAAAGGACGGAAUACGCAGAGCAGUUGCCUUUUCACAAUAUCCACAAUUUUCUUACUCGACUACCGGUUCCUCGAUUAAUGAAUUGUGGCGUCAAAUUAAAAGUUUGGAUCCUGAAAGAACUGUGAACUGGUCUGUGAUUGACCGCUGGCCAACCAAUGAAGGUCUAGUCAAAGCCUUUGCUGAAAACAUUACUGCCAAGUUAGAAGAGUUUCCUGAGGACAUAAGAAAGAAUGUAGUUCUUCUUUUCUCAGCACAUUCCCUACCAAUGGAUGUCGUCAAUACUGGUGAUGCUUAUCCUGCUGAAGUCGGAGCAACAGUUUACCGUAUCAUGGAAGAGUUGAAGUUUUGUAAUCCUUAUAGGCUGGUAUGGCAAUCCCAAGUGGGACCUAAGCCUUGGUUAGGAGCUCAAACUGCUGAUGCUGCAGAAUGGUUAUCGCCUACUGAGCCAGGCUUGAUAUUUAUACCUGUUGCCUUCACUUCAGAUCAUAUUGAAACUUUGCAUGAAAUCGACUUGGGAGUUAUUGGCGAGUCUCCAUACAAAGAUAAGUUGAAGCGCUGUGAAUCACUUAAUGGGAACGAAACGUUUAUAAAAGGGAUGGCCGAUAUAGUGAAGAAUCACUUAAAAUCCGGAGAGUUGUAUUCUAAGCAAUUGCCACUUGACUUCACAUUAGGAAAAUCCAAUGAUCCUAUUGAACACCCAUCCAAAGUCUUUGGAGAUCACACUAAAAAAUGA